ACGUAUUCCUAUUCAAUAUAGUUAUUAAGGUUAAGUUUGUUGUUUUUUAGUUGAAGGAAAACACGCUGAGGCUCCCGAACCAAUUUUAGUCCAAAUAUUCUCCUUGGCCCAGAUGACCUGCUAUUUUGAAAGUGUGCUAUGGACGACACUUUUGCAGAUGAAUCAGGUAUUCCAGCCCUUUCCAAUGCUGAUGAUAUACCAGUGCACAGCACUCCAAUAAAGGGAGGUAAAGUACCUCUUCCAUCAACCAAAAAUGUGAUGCGAGCUCUCAUGUCGAAGCAUGCUAACAGAGAUGACUAUGAAGAAAGUCUGCAGGCAAUACAUGACCCAGACAGGAUCAGGGGCCACCCAAACAGGGAACAUCAACAGUACAGCGGGAAACCACAGUUGGUGGAGAGGAGGAAUGAUCAAGACCUCUCAUUCAUUGACAAUCUCAGACCCAGCACACAAGAACAUCCAUCCACUAAAGCAUUCCACCAUGAAAGACAAGCUAUGUCAGACCUCGCUAAGAACAAAGUCCAAAGUCAGCAUGUAAGAGAUUCAGAAAACAAAGGUGCUAAAAACAUUUUCAAAUCAAGUUUGAAAUACACUGAUGGAUUAUUUAGUGUACCAAAUGUUGAAAAUAGUGACAAUAUUGCAUUUUCAAGCUCAAGACAUAGAGACAGAUCUGUUGAUGAUAAUGACAAGCAAGGUUCUAAGUCUAUAAGGUCUGAAGACAAUACUCCAUCAUCAAGAUUAUCUAGUGGUCGACAUGAAGAAAUAAAUGUUCAGACAAAAGCAAGGAUUAGUACGGAGUUCUUGGAAAGUCCCAAGUCAUCAAGCCCCAAAAGUCAAACACGGUUGCUCAAUAAGACAAAAGAGACAGAAAGAGAUGCUCAAGGGGGCAGAAAACACAAGGAAGUGAUCUCUGGCACACCAGAGAUGAAGAGACCAACUAUACACAGUCCCAGAGCACAGCGCAACACCAACAAGUCACUCUCUAAACAAAAUACAAGCCUGUGUGAGCUUGAGAACAUGACGUUACAGAAGCAGCGCGCAGAGAUUCAGCUGUUGGUUGGGGAGUUAAGGGACCGGGACCGUGAACUCAGUGACAUGAUGGCCGCCCACCAGCAGCAGCUGACUGCCUGGGAGCAGGACCGAGCCCGCCUCACAUCCCUGGACAAGAAGUGUGCACAGUAUGAAGAGGACUUGCGUAGUAAGACUGACCAGCUGCGCGACUACAUAUCGAGUAUUCGGGCGCUGAAAACUCGGGAGGUGGAUACAUUAGAGCAGAUGGAGUCGCUACGGGGAGAUGUCUCUGCACUGGAGAACCAGAACUCUCUCUGCCGAGCUCACAACACAAAGCUUAAGGAGCGGAUGUCAAGCUUGGAAAAGUCUCUAAAAGAUAUGACAGUGGCCCACAACCAGCUGCAAACCAAGGAACAGGAACUAUCCACCACGCUGAGAACAAAGGAGAAGGACAUCUCGUCAGCAACCAGUCAGAUGAAAGAGUUGAGUGAGCGGCUACGUCAGCUAGACCUGCGCUGCAAGGAAUGUCAAGACCGUGAGAAGGAUGCCCUCCGCGAGACUCAGGACUGGAAACAAAGAUACACCAACGCCAAUGAUGACAUACGAACACUUAAAGGUGAGCUGGAGAAGAAGAGACAGGAAGUGGUACGUCUGGCUGAGGAGAACAGGUCUGCACGGCAACAGCUAGCCCUUGUACAGAAGGAAGCAGGAAUGAUGGAGAGGUGCAAGGAUGAGCUGAUAGAGUCCAUCAAGGUGAAACAGGAGAGGACAGACUCGCAGCUGAAAAACUACAGACAGCUGUAUGAGCGGCAACUAAAUGAAGUUGCAAGUCUACAGCUCCAGUUGGACACCACCAAAGAGGCACGCCAACAAUCUAACCAGCUGGACACCACAAAGGAGACCUGCCAACACUCCAACCAACAAGUUAAUUCUAGUAAUUCUUAUCAAGGCAAAAAUAGUCAAAUGUCAGAGUAUUCAUGGGAGCGGCAGCCAGGCAACCAGCAUUCUAGUCAGGCAGCUUACCAACAUAAAUACAGGGAAUCUGACACACACAGCUCAGGGUAUCAGUCACAGAUCAUAGAAAAUCAAACAGGCAGCAACCAUAGUCAUGGUGGAACCAACAACAAGUAUCAUGGGCGAAACCAGUCCACAGGGUCAGACCAUCUGGCUGAAUCACGUCAAGCAGGUGUUCCGCAAAAAUUUUACAAGCAAAUGGACUCAAACCAUACAGGAUACCCUUCUCAUAUCCAGGGAAUCCAAACACAGGGCAGCCGACCUCAGAGUUUGGUCUCUGAUGGUGAGGACAGCAGACGACUGUCUGACAUGGACAGCCUGCGCUCAAGCAGGAGAUUGUCAGACCUAGAGGACAAUAUCUGCUCUGGGAGGUUGUCGUUUGAAAAGAAUUUCAGAUGUGCCAUUCAAAAACCUGCUCAAAUCAGUCCACAGAACAGUAGACCAGAAACAGUGCUAAAUGGGUCCUAUGAGCAGUCAGAGGGUCCCAGUCAACAAACUAGGUUUCAUCAUCAAAGAGGAAAUUCACCAAGAGACAAAACAAGCAGUAACAUUCAGGAAGAAAGGCGCAAAAAGUCUUCAGACUUGUCGUCAGAACAAAACUUCCAGUUCUCCUCUGUUCCUAAUUCUAGAAGUACAUAUUGUGUAUCCCCUGUAAGGAGUGAAGGAUAUGUAGUAAUAGAAACAGAAGUACGGUUUCACCAGAACACUGGCAAUGCCACUAACAGCAGCAAGACAAAGGAAGGUGCUAACAGUAGACUUCAGGAUGAAUCAAACUAUUGUCAAUCAACUAUGCCAAAUGGUGCUCAUUAUAAUGUUCAGGAAAAUACUAAGUCUGAACAGUCUGAUAGCUGUGUUUCAACAGUGGAUUCCAAAACCAUUGGGCCAGACAAGCCCAAUUAUGGACAGGAUUCCACUGCCCAGGGCAGUGCAGACACAGAGUUAGAGCGACCUUACACUUUCGAGAACAAGCUUACCUCUUUCUUAGAAGACCUGGAUGAUAUUGACGACAGCAUAUGGAACGACAAACCCAUCAACAUUGAAAUAUCAACCAUAUCUCAGGGUGACUCCUCUCCUGCGAGCAAGCUACGGAAGCUGUUGGUAGAGUCCCAGCAGAUGAUCAACAACCUUGAGAGAUCUGCAGAGUCUCCUGCCAGGAAUGGUGAGGGUAGAGGCAGCCAGCAAGACUCAUAACAGCGCCCAAUUGUACUUCCUACUGUCCCUGUGAUGGUGGACUGGGAAACUGACAACCAGUUUUUCAUGUAAAAGAUAAACCUAGACACAAUUAUAGACUAGCUAACUGCCAGGAUAUUAAUUUUGACUCAAUUAGCGAAUGUUUCUAGUAUUUUUAGUCCAUGGCCAGUGUUAUUGUUCGGAUAAGAUGGUAACUACUGUUGAGUUUUAAUAUGAAAAUUGUUUAAUGAUCUUAUAAGUUUUUAAGAACAGUUAUUUUCAUUUUAGUCAAAUUAACUGUUAUGGAUUAUUACUUGUUGCAUGAUUUUAUUAAUGGUAAAACGUUUUCAAGAUUAAAUCUUUAUAUAAGUGUUUCUUCCUAGGCCCUUGAUACCCAAUUGGAAACAGGAUUGUAGUAGAAGUCACCCAUGUUAGCAAUGCUUACAAACUGGUGGAGGGUUAGGGUUAAGCACCCUCAUACUUUUUCCCAACAAAGCUACACAUAUUUGUUUUUAUUAGGGUGUUUUAUUAUAGUUAUUAAUUCAUAAUAGUUUCUGCAGACCUUCUUAAACGUUAUUUAAUGUUUUUUUAUAAGGAAAGCUGUAUUUUUUGUAUAUGAUAGAAACGGCCUAAACUAAUGACACUUUGGGUUUUGACCAUCUCGUUAUGUAGAUCCAUGCAUUAUGUGUAUUCCAUGAAAGAGUGUUUGUGUACUGCUCAUGUUGACUGGCUAAAUAUUGAGUAAAACUGAAGUAUUCUUAAAGUGUUAUAGUUUUGAGAUAUUAGUGGCAAGUAAUUCAGCUAAACCAUAAACACACCUGUGAUAACUGUGAUAGAAAUGCUUCAGAAGGAAGCGAAUUAUGAAUAAAUAUUAUUAUGUUU